AUUGAAUGUAUAAUCCCAGCCUGUGGCCCAUAUUAGGGGUACUAUAGAGUUUAUUGAGCCCACUGGCCAUUUUAAAACGAUUGAAUUCGACAAAUGAAGCACCUUUCCCAUGUGCGGGGGACUGACGUGCAGACGGCACAUCAGCUGCCCUUAAUUCUUUUGUCUCAUGGGUAGGUUUGGGUUGGUGGCAAAGGCUAGGCACGCUGACGCUUGUUUUGAGGGAUUCCUGGGGUCAUCUGACACUGUAAAUUAUUAAGUCUUUCUUUUUCACAAACUGUAGAAACACUCCCCCCCCCCCCCCACACACACCCCUCUAGGAUUUUAUGGUUGACUUGGUCAGGAUCAUCUCUAUAUUGCUUUCAAUCAGAUUUUUGGAUAAGCGGAUGACGGAGGACAGAGAGCGCUAAACCUUGCCGUAGAGAGAGCUAACCUGAUGGACAUUUGAGUAAAAUACCUUUUUCCAUGACAAAAAGGCACCAGCAUUUUUAGGAUUUCAACUGAAUAAAAGCAUAGUACGAUGAGAGACUAUGAAGAAGUUACAUCCUUUUUGGGCCAGUGGGGACCUUUUCAAAGACUCAUUUAUAUCCUCCUGAGCCUCAGCAGUAUUCCCAAUGGAUAUGUGGGAAUGGCGAUGGUUUUCCUGGCAGAUAUUCCUCCUCACCACUGCAGGCUUCCAUUCCUGAACAGCAGCAGAUAUGGAGAACCGGGCUACAAUCUGUCCCUCCCAAAUGAAGAGGUGAAAGGACAGGUCAUUUUGAGUCGAUGCAGACGCUACACUGAACAGGGGGCUUUGGAUGCUGAGUCUAUCCAAAGCACAGAGCGCUGUCUGGAUGGCUUUGUGUUCAGCAAGGAAAGAUACGUGUCCACCAUUGUGACUGAGUGGGAUCUGGUGUGUGAAGACGCUUGGAAAGCCCCGUUUUCUGUCACUGUGUUCUUCUUUGGUGUACUGACUGGGUCCUUUCUCUCAGGAAUCAUAUCUGACAGGUACGGAAGGAAGUUUGUUUUUUUUGCCACCAUGGCCGUGCAGACAAUCUUCAGCGUGAUUCAGGCUGCCUCCAACAGCUGGGAGAUGUUCUCUGUGCUUUACUUCAUCGUUGGAAUGGGACAAAUAGCCAAUUACUGUGCAGCUUUCAUUCUAGGUUCCGAGCUUCUGAACAAGUCAUGCCGAAUAAGCUUUGCUACUCUGGGAGUCAGCCUGUCGUAUGCCUUCGGCUAUGUGUGUCUUCCACUCUUUGCCUACUUCAUCCGGGACUGGAGAAUACUUUUACUGGCCUUGUCUGCUCCAGGAUUCCUCUACAUACCUAUGUGGUGGUUUGUCCCAGAGUCUCCCCGUUGGCUACUGUCUCAGGGUCGAGUGGAGGAGGCUGAGGCCAUCAUCAGAGCUGCUGCCAAGAAGAACGGCAUCACUCCUCCUGACGUCAUCUUCAAGAGAGAGGACACCGCACAGCUGAUGGAUAGUGAUGGUGGACAGAAUUCCUACACAUGGCUUGACCUUCUCAGAACUUCCAAUAUAAGGAAUACCACGCUAGUGAACUUCAUAAUGUGGAUAACAGUGGGUUUGACCUACUAUGGGCUGUCCUUAAAUACUCCAAAUAUGGAAGGCGAUCCUUACCUGAACUGCUUCAUAGCAGCGGGCAGUGAGGUCUUCGGCUACAGCUGCAUAUUUUUGGUUGCGACCUACCUUCCCCGCCGAGUUACUCUGCCAUUUUGUCUCAUCGUCUGUGGGGUCGUGCUGUUAACCAUCCGAUUUGUUCCUGAAGACCUCAACGCCUUGACUAUCACGCUGGCGAUGGCUGGAAAGACCUGUGUCACGGGGGCCUAUGGCUUCCUCUACCUCUACUGCACGGAGCUGUUCCCCACGGUAGUGAGGAACAUGGGGCUGGGCGUCACCUCUAUGGCCUCUCGGAUUGGCAGCACAGUUGCUCCGUAUGUGGCCUACAUGGGAACUUAUGACAAGGUGUUACCCUACCUUCUUAUGAGUGGCAUCAGCAUCAUCACUGGUAUCUUAAGUAUAACGCUACCGGAAACAAAAGACCAGGAGCUCCCCGAGCUUAUUAGUGAAGUUAAACCCCUCCACUGCUUUUGCCAAAGACCAGUUAAACAGAAAAGCCAGGAGGAAAAUAAACAAGUUGGAAUUGGAUUGGAAAAUUCACACGGCUAAGGUUGCUCACAUUACAACUUUUAGCCCUUUGGAGAGAACCCUUUUGCCAGAGAAGCACUGGACUUUAAACUCAAUUUGUUUAUGUUUUGGUGAAUUUAGUCAGUUAUGUAAGAGAACACAACUCUGUGUCUGAGAAAGCAUUCAAAACAGUAGGUUUUCAGUAAAAGGUUAUUACCAAGUUAUUAGGCCUGAAGGACUCUUUAUGAACAGUUAAACAGUACAUUUCUGCUUAUGUUUUGACAGUUUGUCUUGUAGCAUUCAUAUUUUACUUCCCAUCAAUUGGGACACAUGUAAUUGCAUGUGACAUACAGGAACAUCAUUUGGUUUAGGUUUGUAAUCAUCCAGAUUUUCAAAUGAGCUACUGUUAAUGCACACUCAUGUGUAUAAUUACACAGCACUUUGCAUCACAUGUAAAUGCAAUUCAUGAAUAAACUGUACU